AAAGAUACUUAACCCAUCAUCGACCGUAUACUAUUCAUCACAUCACAUCACAAAUCAUCAUCUUCUUCUGAUCUCCCUACUUUCCUUCUCUCAUAUUCUCAGAUAUCUUUUUCUUAUUUUGUGCUCUUUCUGUUGGGUUUCAAUUCAUCAGUGCUCUGUGAUCUGAGAGAGAGAGCUUCGAAGCUAGGACGAUGUCGAUGCUCGAUUCUUUCUUCAGCAAGGGUUUCAAAGCUGCCAAAUGUAAGACCCUGCUGAAGCUGACAAUUCCACGCAUAAAGUUGCUAAGAAAUAGGAGAGAGAUUCAAAUAAAGCACAUGCGCCGAGACAUUGCCAAGCUCCUUGAGACUGGUCAAGAAGCUACUGCUCGCAUUCGGGUGGAGCAUAUUAUCAGAGAAGAGAAAAUGAUGGCUGCACAGGAGAUCAUUGAGCUAUUUUGUGAACUUAUCACUGUCCGUCUUCCCAUUAUUGAAGUGCAAAGGGAAUGCCCUUUAGACUUGAAAGAAGCAAUUUCCAGUGUGUGUUUUGCUGCACCAAGAUGUGCGGAUCUGCCGGAGUUGUUGCAGGUUCAAAUAUCAUUUGCUGCAAAAUACGGAAAGGAAUUUGUAUCAGCUGCAACCGAGCUUAUGCCAGAAUGUGGUGUCAACCGCCAGCUGGUAGAACUGCUAUCAGUUCGUGCUCCUGAUCCUGAUGUGAAACUGAAACUGCUGAAGGAAAUUGCAGAAGAGCAUGAGUUAGAUUGGGAUCCAGCUGCCUCUGAAACUGAAUUAUUGAAGCCGCAUGAAGACUUAUUGAAUGGACCAACUCAGUUUGUCAGUGCAUCCAAAUCGCCUCUUCCCAAGGAAAAGCAUGAUGAAUCAUUGCACUCUGCCUCCGAACAAGACCCCAAUGAACAGUCAGAUUCGGACACUGCCUUUGACACGUUAGAUUUUCCUGAGGUUCCUAAAGUGUCAGUACGGCCAAGUAUAGGCACUGUUUCAGCUCCAGAAAUGCUUCCUUUCCCAGAAGUCGAUAUUGAAUCAGCAAAAACUUUUGAUGCAAAUGAAAGUCCAUCACAUGAACCGCACUUCAAGCCUGAUGAUGAAGUGUUUCUAGAGAAGUCAGUAGCUAAUAGUACUGAAUUGCCCAAAAUUCCCAUUGGUUCAAUGGAAGAUAAGCAAUAUGUGCCAUUCAUAUCUGCCCCAUCACUAUCUUCUGCGACGUUUUCUGUGAGACAAAGUGAGCCACCUCCACCUCUGUCUAGGACCAAAAGUGAAGCCAAUGUGGAUUUGCAGGAUGUGUUGGCUGCGGCUCACGCUGCUGCUGAAACGGCUGAACGUGCUGCUGCUGCUGCUCGCUCAGCAGCUAGCCUCGCUCAGAUCAGAAUCAGUGAACUUGUCAAGAAAAGGAGUGACGAGAUCUCUGAUGGUAGUAGUGUCAAGAACCCUUUUCAUGCAGAUACUUACGAAUCCGCUGCGGUGGAUAAGCCACAUCUAUCUCAUCAAAACUCUUCAAGUGAUAGCAGUGGUAUUUCAAAUCCUCCCACCCCACAUCAAGAAGUGUCAGGUCUUCCUUCAUAUGACGAUCUCAAAAUGGAAUAUGAUUCUCCCCUUUCAAACAGCCAUAUUCCUGGACUUGACACUGCUCAUCACCAACCUCAGAGGUUGACUUCGAUGGAUGAUGAAUCUUACUCAUCAUACCCAAGCUUGUUUACACGACAGGACUCGAAUCUCAGAUCUGGUGUCCAUUCGUUCUCCGACAAUUACCGAUCCACCAGUGAGCAGCAGGUGUCAAGUCUUCCUUCAUAUGAUGAUCCCAAAGUGGAAUUUGAUUCUCCCCUUUCAAAGAGUGACAUUCCUGGACAUGACACUGCUCUUCAUCCACCUCAGAGGUCGACUUCAAUGGAUGAUGAAUCUUACUCAUCAUACCCAGGCUUGUUUACAAGACAGGACUCUGAUGUCCAUUCGUUAUCAGACAAUUACCGAUCCACCAGUGAGCAGCAGGUGUCAAGUCUUCCUUCAUAUGAUAAUACCAAAGUGGAAUUUGAUUCUUCUCUUUCAAAGAGCGACAUUCCUGGACAUGACACUGCUCAUCACCAACCUCAGAGGUCGACUUCGAUGGAUGAUGAAUCUUACGUAUCAUACCCAAACUUGUUUACACAUCAGGACUCUAAUGUCGGAUCUGGUGUCCAUUCGUCUGCAGACAAUUCCCGAUCCACCCAUGAGCUUUGAGUUGGCUUAUCAUCUGUCUGCCUUCCCUCUUUAUGCUUUUUUUGGCUCUGGUGAGUGAAUUCUUGAGUAUUUGGUACCCAUCCACCCAUGAGCUUUGAGUUGGCUUAUCAUCUAUCUACCUUCCCUUGUAUGAUUUUUUAGCUCUGGUGAGUGAAUUCUUCAGUCUUUGGUCUCUUGCAAUGUCAAUUUAAGUAGUGGCCUGUAAAGUGAUGAAGUGAUCAGACAAUAGACAUAACAAGUUUGCACGUCAUGGCUGCCUUUGUGAUAAUGAAAUGAGGUGACAGUCAGAGAGUGUUCCUCUGCUUGAGUAACGGAAAGGAAACACCAUGCCAAGGCAGUUCAUGCUACAUUAUACGUCUGAGUUUGUAUGUAGGAAUAUGUGAUGUACAAAAGCUUCAUGUAUCUUCAAAAUAAAGGUUUUCUUUCUUCUUUCAGCUUCCAUUUUUUGUUUUGUUUUGUUUUUUUUGUUUGUUUGUUAGUGUGAUUAUGUUCAGAACAAAUUACAUGAACAUUUUGUUUUUUCAAUGAUCAUUUCCUUGUAUUAUUAUUAAAAUAUUUCAAUCUAGUUACCUGUA